AUGGCGGAGCUGCACGACGCUUCGUCCCUAAGCGCAGGCCACGUGUUUCGAUUUUCACAAUCAUCCGAAUCAACAGUCUCCGCGCAACCAUCAGACACGGCCACAGGAAUCGCAGACUUCGACGGGGAGCUGCUAAGAGUGCGAACCGACCCGUCCAAUGGCGUCAAAGACGAAACGAGCGAGCGCGACGCUGGGAAUUCCUUUCUGGGUAGGUCGUAUUCGGUGCAGGUGGGACGCGGCGGUCAGGCGGAAUCAGGAGAAGCAGGGGGAGCAGCGGGAGCAGGGGGAGCAGGCGGAAGGAGGCGGCGUUCGGAGAGCUCCUCCGUGGGGGUGAACAUCGCCGCACUGGAUAAGGCGCUGGACCGAGUCAUGUCCAUGCCGUGGCGCGGCGAGAAGAAGGCGGGCGACGGCGACGGCGACGGAGGCCUGGGAUUGGGCGCGGCGUGGCAGGAGAAAGCGGAGAAGAACGGGAAGCAUGUGCUGGGUAGGGCACGUUCUCAUGGAAACGGGGAGGGGGAUUCUGUUCGUGCUGCCGCUGCGGCGGCCGUUGCUGCCAUCCGCAGUGAUGGUGACGUGGUGCCUUUUGCUAAUAAUGUCUCGGGUGUGCCGCUAAACAAGUGUGGUAAGGAAGCGGGUGCGAAGGACGGGACGAAUAAGGAGCGGUCUGCGGAGGUGGAAGUGGGUACAGAUGGGCGGAGGGGCGCAGGCGAUGUCGCAAUAGCAGGCGACCCCGCGUGGCAGGUUGAUUUGCGGCGUGUGACUUUAAAGAAAGAGAUUUGCAGGGGCGCGUACAGCACGGUGUAUAAGGGCGCGUUCAGGGACAUGGAUGUUGCCGGUACGCACAAUUUCUCCUCCCGACGCCCAUUUCUCCCCCGCGACGCCCACUUUCUCCCCCGCGACGCCCGUUUUUCCCUUCCCUCUGCUUUCCCCGUGCCACCCCCCACUCGCCAAGUCACCCCUCAUCUCACCCCACGUCAUUCGCACUCCACCUUGAAGGCAAUCGACUGGGGCGAAGCGGGGUCGUUCUCGCCGGUGCUGCGCGCCAAGCAGAGAGCCACUCUGCUGCGCCAGGUGCACGUGUGGCGAGGCCUCAAGCACCCCUACGUGACUCAGCUGGUAGCAGCGAGCGUGUCAGCGGACUGUGCGCCCUGCACCACCCCCCGCGGCGUGGACGCGCGUUUGCGCGGCGUGGCGGGGUGCCUCAUCAUGGAGUAUGUGGGCGAUCUGACUGUCAAGGAGUAUCUGGCCCGUGCUGCCAGGGAGAGGAGAAAGCUGCCGCUGCACAUGCUGGUGGAGCUGGCGUUGCAGCUCGCCAAGGGUCUGGCCUACAUCCACAGCAGCGGUGUGGUGCAUGGAGACGUGUGCCCCGACAACCUGCUCCUCACGGACUAUGUCACCUCCUCCCUUCCCUCCCAUCCGCCAUUUCUCAUCCCUCCUCCCCCCCUCAGUCUUGCCAACAUCCACAGCAGCGGUGUGGUGCACGGGGACGUGCGUCCCGACAACCUGCUGCGCACGGAUCACGUCACCUCUUCACUCCUGUCUCACCCCCCCCUCUUCUCCCACCCACCCACCAGUCUGGCCUACAUCCACAGCAGCGGUGUGGUGCACGGGGACGUGUGCCCCGACAACCUCCUCCUCACGGAUCGCAGGCGCCUCAAGAUCGCCGGCUUUGGCGUCGCGCGCUUCGAAGGUGACUGCCAGGCUCGUGGCCGUGGGGGCGCGCAGCGCUGUGACAACUCUGGCUCUGCUGGGGUUCUUGGGGAUUCUCAAGAACAAACCGGGGUCGCUGGGAGCGAGGCAGGGGCAGGGGCAGUGGCAGGGGUGGCGGGGGCAGAGGUAGGGGGAAGGGCGGGUGAUGAGGCUGUUGGACAGCAGCCACGAGACGUGCUGCAGGGAGAGGACCUGCAGGAUUCGGCUCGGAAUGUGGGAUACAUGGCUCCUGAGGUUCUGGCUGGACUGCCAUACGACCGCCGUGCUGACGUGUACAGCUUUGGCAUCUGCCUGUGGGAGCUGCUGACCUGCGAGACCCCCUUUGACUCGUUUGACUUCAGCGAAAUGGCUUCUGCCAUCAGUGAGGUGAGGACCUUUGAGAUGCCUCGGGAGGAGGCUGCUGACCUGCGAGAAUCUGUUUGA